GGGUGGACAUCUCCCGGGACCGUCCUGCUCUCGCGCUCCGAACUCUCGCGAGAGAAAAUGAAAUUCCAGCAGCAAAUCUGCGAGCUCGCGACCUCCCUCCAUCGGGAAAGCUCGAGCGCGGCUGAGUGAGGGGAGAGAAAACAGCCGCUCGUUAGCCUGGAAAAGCGUCGAAACGACGCGUUUAUCGCAGCUCACGGAGCCGUGAGGUUCGAGCUAAGACAUGCAAGGUACCGGCGGAGGAUACCAUGUCAGGUUCGCCGAACAUCGGGACUAGUUUUAACGCUCCGCUAAACGAGCAAGAGGCUUCAUUAGCGAGCUAACAGACGCUAGCAGUGAAGUGCGUGAAAACUUACAGCCCGAGAGAGAAUUUGCCUUUGGGAUUGAAAACCAGGAUACCUCACCAGCGGGUUUUUUCCCUAAUUCCAUCGCUUCCCAGAAAGCCCAGCUUCACUUGACCAGAGGAACACGUGAAAUAAUCGCUUUGUUUACCGCUUGCACAAUCCCAGCAUUGAUUCGCUCAGAAAUGAGAUUAGAGAGUCGCUUUGUGAGGCCUGUUAACUAGAGAUCUGCUUAUAUAAACUACUCUCAUUCCGACUAGUGCGGCUGCUGCGAAGGAGACUCGAGGAGGAACUGAAGCGGCUGUGAGCGGGCAUGUUUCGCAUGGCGACCGAGUCGAGAAUCGGAUGAAAGAGCGUCGGGGUUACUGCUGUCUGUCUCUCCUGGGCGCUGCUGGGAUUUGAGACGCGCACACAUAGAGGAAUAAGAUGUCCAGUGCGAAGGAAAACACGUGUAGGAAAUUUCAAGCGAACAUUUUCAACAAAAGCAAAUGCCAGAACUGCUUCAAGCCCCGAGAGCUGCAUCUGCUGACGGACCAGGAUCUCACUCAGGCCAAGCCGAUCUAUGGCGGAUGGCUGUGUUUGGCUCCAGAGGGGACGGACUUUGACAAUCCCAUGCAGAGAUCCCGGAAAUGGCAGCGGCGAUUCUUUGUCCUUUAUGAACACGGCUGCUUGCGCUUCGCUCUGGAUGAAUCGCCAAGUACACUACCGCAAGGGACGGUCAACAUGAACCUGUGCACUGAUGUGAUCGACGCUGAGGCCAGGACCGGACAGAAGAACGCUCUGUGCAUCAUCACCCCGGAGCAGGAGUACUACAUACGAGGAGACAACAAGGAGAUCAUCAAUGGGUGGAGUGAACAGCUAGUGGUUUAUCCAAGAACCAACAAGCAAAAUCAAAAGAAGAAACGCAAAGUGGAACCAGCAACCUCACAGGAACCAGGCCCAGCAAAGGUAGCGGUGACCGGCUCGGGCAUCCCAGAAGCAGAGAAGACUCCAGACUCCAGUUCUAUCAUAUGGCAGGAGGAGCUGCAAAGCAGAGAGGCGGACAUGUCCCAGACGUGGUCCUCCAGCGAGAUGCCGCCUCUUGGCUCACCACUGCCCUCUGCAGGUGAGGGGUCGAUGGUGAGCCGGUGCUCGGAUCAGAGCUCAGUGAACGGUGAUGAGGUGGACCGAAGCGGGCUCUCCUUCCACUCGGCUGUUUCCCAGCCCUCUCAUGACCCCCUGUCGCCCACGGGCAGCUCGUCCAGCCGGCACAGUGCAGAGAUGGGGGGCGUCCCGCGCUGCCUGUCUCCUGCUCCUAGCGACCCCUUCCCAUCAGGCAGCAGCCUGCUGUCCAACGGUUCCCACAUCAGCGGCUCCAUGAGUUCUCUGGACUCAGAUGCCAGUGGCAGCACUGUCACCAGCACCGACAGCCACCCGGCCGAACCUCUCGGACGCGCCAUUGAGAGAGCAAGGCAAAUUAAGCCGGAAACUGCAGAAUCUACACUGCACUGUAAUGUCUCUGUUAAGAUCUCUUUCUGUUUCUGCAUUCUUAGUGGGCGCUCGAAUGUGAUUGAGAAGCUGGAGGCGUUGGAGCUGGAGCACGCUGAGAGAAUGGAGGUGGAGGAGAGAUGCAGUGGAGUUCGGCAGGGCCGCAGUGAAAUGAGACGAUUCCAGCGGGAGGAGCAGAAGAUGGACCCGGCCCAGGGUUUAGACUUCCAUCACUCCACCCUGCCGCCUCUGAGACGAGCCAAAUCACUGGACCGCAGGACCACCGAAUCAGUCAUGACACCAGACCUGCUGAACUUCAAGAAGGGUUGGAUGGUGAAACUUGAUGAACAGGGCCAGUCCUUCGAUCUGCCCGCUGACGCCGCAAAGAUGGACUUUGAGAGUGUGGGUGUGGUCCAGGUAGAUGCUCCGCCCCCAUCGGUGGAGCGGCAGCAGAGAGUGGAGGACGAGAUCGAGCAGCAUUGGCAGCAGGUGGAGAAGACACCCAUCAGGGAGGAGAGGAGGGUGUCUUUGCCCUCCACACAUCCCAACAGAGACGCAUCAGAGCUGGAGAAACUCGUCGAGAGCUACAAAAAAGGGGUUGAAGAGCUGAAAGCUCAGUUGGAGAGCUGCCACCAGCAGUUAAUGGACUCCAAUCGGCACAAGCUGGAGCUGGAGGGUCAGCUCAAAAACGCUCUUGAGCGCGAACAGCAGAUCCGUGCUGGUUAUAUUUCACCGACUCAAGAGGCGGUGCACACACUCUCCGCAAUGACUGCAGGAAUACGCCGCAACUGGAUCCAAGCGGUUCUGAAAAACGUCCGGCCGUCCACUGCACCAGAUGUUGCUAGCCUGACAGAUGAGCACGCUUCCUGCGGCCCGUUUGAGAGUCUCGCCCGGCCUGACAUCACCCAGGACUCCCCGUCCUCUGAAGCCUCAGUAGAGCGGGAUGGUGGAAUAAAGAAGAGCCGAGCGAGAGAACGGAGGCGAGAAGGACGGUCCAAAACGUUUGACUGGGCCGAGUUUCGUCCCAUCGCCCAGGCUCUGGCGCAGCAGAGGGCGCACGAGGCCGACACCUUCCAGGCUGAGCUAGCCGAGAGAAACAAGAGGAGGGAGGAGAGGCGGAGGAGGUAUGAGAGCGUCACCGGUGAUGCUCUGGAGUCCCCUUUGAGUGUUGAGACAGAGCCCCAGAUGAAGAGGACUGAACUGGUUAGUUCUCAAGCUCAGAGCUUAACAAAGAAGUACCAGGAAACCAAAGAGAUCCUGCAGCUUCAAGAACUGAAAAAGCGCAACAUGCAGGCACAGCUUGGCCUUUCUCUCUCACACUGGCCCGCAAAGGAACCUUACCUUUCUGACACCAAAAAACCCGCCACCUCUGAGGUCUGUCCCUCAAACUCCAUUCAAAAAACGGUCAGCUUCAUGCUUCAGGAUAGCGAGGGAAAGAUCAGAGAGCUAGAGAGCUUGAUAGAUGCCAGUGAGCCUCUGACAUUAAGAGAGCUGAUAAAGCUCAUGCAUUCACAUAGCGAAUACGUUGGGGUAGAAAGUCCUCAAGGACAGGAAAGCAGUGAGUCAGUUGGAGAAAUGUCGCAGAAACUGUUGGAAAGCCUCAAAAACCAACAGGAGAAUGAGACAAUGAGGAAAAGCUUGGAAAAGGCUGGAGACUGUAUUCGGGACUAUGAAGCUCGUUUGGUCACCAUGGAGGACAUGUUGGGAAGAGUUCAUAGGCAGAAAAUGGAGAGUUCGUUUGUACUAGGUUGCUCGAGGGAAGACCAUCCGGAUCGGUCGCAGCAGGUGGAGUUGCUCGCGAGCGAAAAUGUAGCUUUGAACCAGCGCUAUCAGGAAAUUGUGAACCAGUUGAUAGAAGCAGAUCGAGAGAUAGACAGGCUGAAAGCUGAGCUUUGUAGACUACGUAGCGGUCAGCAAUAUCCACAUUCCAACAUGGAACAGGAGCAAGAAAACAAAAAGACCUCUGAGAAAAAUGUGUACAAGCAAGAACUCCAUGAAAAGUCACAGAAGCUACAAGAGGCUCUUAUUAAAUUGGAAACUCUUGGUAAUAAUUUGAAAGAUACAGAGAAAAGAUUGCAACUUAAAGAAGCAACUCUUAGGGGUCUUGGAUUUCAGGUGGCAGAAAGUGAAAAAGAUGAUAAAGAGUUAGAUUCGGAGACAAAUGACCUCAAGCGCCAAUUGGAGGUCCUUCAGUCCAAGCUUUCAGAGAAGGACAAGCAGCUUCAAAAUGCUGAGCAGGUCUGUAGAGAACUUCAGUCCCAGAAUGCGAAACAUGAAGAGACCGCAAGGAUGUGUAGUCAGAUGCUUGUAGAUACUCAGGAGGAAAUUAGGACGUUGAAAGAGAAGGCAGGCACUCAAGGUACGUUUGGUAGUGAACCAGGAACAGAAAUUGGGUGCCAAGAGUUGAUGCAAAAACUCACAAAUGAAGGUGUAAUUGAGGAAGUCGUGGAAGAGUUCAAGAGCAAGUCUAAAUCUCUUAAUCAUCUACUUGACAUGUUGGUAAUAGGCAGUAAGACAGAUUUGUCCAACACCGGCAUGGACACCAACAUUUUGGAUGAGAAUCAUGGAGGAAUGAUGGAGAUGUUUGAGAGAUUGAUUCUACAUAAGGUUUUAGCUGGUUUAGAGGACUGUCAAAAAGGCUCAGAGGUUGAGCAAACCCUAAGGAAAGUUGUAGAACGUAUGCUAGUGGAUAAUGAAAUGCUGCUUCUUAUGAAUAAGCUCUCCAACCUCCAAGAACUUCAAAGUGACGCAAAACCUGCAUCUUGCACAGAAAAAAGUGCUGGAUAUGGAAAUGCACUGAAUGAAGAGACAAUGAAAUCGAAUGUUUUGAAUUGGUUGCCUGAUGAUGCUGCCAAACCCUGCGUCAUGAAGACUCUUGCUGAAGUCAUUCAGAAGAAAGUGACGCUAUUGAAUCAAGCCGCUUCUGCUCUUAGGGAACAAACUAAUGAGGAGCUUCAAUCAUUGGCUUUGACUCUGUCAAGCUGUGGCACUCAAAGAACCUGGUCUGAGUAUGUUCGUGAGGCCAUAAUGGACAUAACAUGCAUGUACUUGGUAGUUCUUCAAAUGUUGCCAAGGACAAGACCGUCAGACCUGUCUGCAUGUGCAAAUUGUGCAGAUUUGAGAGCACAACUCGAGUCUAAGAAGCAGGUGUUGUCAAGCGUCCAGAGUCCCAUCGGUGUAACCCACAUUCAGAUCGAAGGAGAACCAAUUGACUCUCUGGACAAGGCCAUACAGCUUCAGGACAUGAUGGCCAAGCAUAAGAAGGAGCUGCGAGAAUUAAAGGAGGCGUACGAGCAAGAAGCAGAAAAGCUGAGGCUGGAAGUGGCCAAGGCUGGUGAGACUCUGAGACUGAGAUCCGAGGAGAACGUGAAAGAGAUCGACUCUCUGACGGUGUGCAUGGAGAACCUGAAGAAGAAGCACGAGAUGGAGCGUAAGGACUUAAUAGCACACUUCAAUCAAGAGAUGGAAGAGCUUACGGAUGCCGUCGGCCCUGUCGAACCUGCAACAGAUAGCGAGCCAAACUCAACUUCCCUCAAAGUGCGGCUCCAAAAACUCGUGUCCCGGCUGUCCGAACUGACUGAGGAAACAAAUCUGCGAGAUCGUGAUGCGACAUUGCUGCGUCUGAAAUACGAGAAAGACCUGGAAAACCUAAAGGUCAAGGAGAUCCGUGUCCUUGCUGUUCUCCGUCUGUAUUGACUUCAUGUGGCAACCUUAAACCUGAUCCUUUCCCCUCCUUUUCUCAUACUAACCCUGCUUUGUGGUGCUUUGGUCUGGCCUAAUAUUUCUCACCAGUGAUGCAUGGCUGCUAACUAUAGGUUUGCAUGUACGGUUUAACGCUAGGAAUUUGGAUGAGCCAACUGUGAUGAGAGGAAAAUACACCAUUCUCUCACUGAAGAAG